AUGAGUAAUAUAAAGGAAACAAACAUGAGUGAGAACGGGUUACACGCCCAACAAGCAGCGAUCGAAGCAGGCGCUGAGAUGAAGAGGACGCAAGCACUGGAACGCCUCGAAACGCUGACCAGCGAAUUGCAUGAGUUUGUCAAAUCAAAGGUCAACAUCCACAAGGAGAUAAAGAGCAAGACGACCAGUGUAGUCACCGCCCUUCGCAGAUUUAAAACACUGGACGAAGAGUGGCAGUCGUCUCGACGACUCACUCCUCGUCUUACUCCGGAGAAAAACAGUCCACCUGCUGUGGAGAUUGAAGGAGAAUCAAUGGACACCGGAUGCGAUGGUGACGGUGAAUCUGUUGCUGAAGAAACAAGUGGAAGUGUCAUCAAGUCUAUCAAGAGAAAAAACCGAAACUCCCCGGGCUUAACAGAUAACAGAAUGACAAAGAAGAAGGACUUGAAACCAAGUCCUCUCAAAAACCUGACGAAGCAGAAUGCUGAGAAAAAAGACGCGAAUGUUUGGACAGAUGUCCAAACGAAGAAAGAGAAAAGGAGGCUAGCCAAAGAGCAGCUCCUAAAAGAGUCUCUAAAGAAGACCAGGCCGGAGCCUAAGCGGAAAAAACCGCACAAAUGGAUCAGGCCUGACGCGCUGAUCAUCCGCCCAGCAGACAAGGCGAAGUAUGCCGAGAUAUUGCGGCGUAUUAAACAGGACGUUCCUGAAGACCAGGUCCGUGAUACGGUCGACAAAGUACACAAGACCAACGCCGGAGACAUGUUGAUUACGCUCUCGAGGAAGAGCACCGACAAAGGCCAAGCCUUACAGAAGGCCAUUGCGGGCAUCCUCCAAGAAGACGCCAAAGUAGUCUGCAAAGGGCCACAGGAGACAAUCGAGAUUCGAGACAUCGAUGACACCACGACGAAGGAAGAUAUCCAGGCCGCCCUGAAACCGGAAGCUGGCGAGAUACCACUAGAGGCAAUAAAGAUCCGUAAUGCCUUUAGAGGUACGCAGAUGGCUACAGUGACGCUACCAGCGACAACAGCACGAAAACUACUGGAUGGAAACGGCAAGAUCCGAAUCGGUUGGGUUAACUGCCGAAUAAGAGCGACGAUGAGACCGGUUCAAUGUUAUAAAUGUUGGCACUUCGGGCACAUUGGAUCCCAGUGUAAGGGCAAAGUUGACCGGUCUAAGCACUGCAUAAGAUGCGGAGAAGAAGGACACAAAAUUGCGGACUGUAAAAAUCCAGCCAAAUGUGUAUUAUGCGCUGAGAAGAAUAGCGAAGAAGUUGCUGCUCACCAUGCCGGCACAUAUAGAUGCCCGGUAUUCCAAGAGGCGCUUCAGAAGAAGACAAGCAAGAAAUAA